GCUGAAUCGACAAGAUCAAUCUUUGUUUUUCUCUCGCGAUCAAUAAGAUUUAUAACAUUGAAACAAGUCACAAAAAUAUUCAUACAAUGGGUCUCAGUAGCGUGGAAAGGAUCAUUCCAGGAGCCCGUUGGCUUCGUGGAUAUUCAACAGAAUUUUUUGCUGCCGAUUUUAUUGCAGGAAUUACAGUUGGCUUGACAGUUCUACCUCAAAGUUUAGCAUAUGCCACAUUAGCUGGUUUAGAUCCACAAUAUGGACUGUAUUCUGCCUUCAUGGGAGGUGCUGUUUACGCUUUACUCGGUGGAUGUCGAGAAGUGACGAUUGGACCAACUGCCUUAUUAGCAUUGAUGACUAGUCGACAUACAAAUCUUGGUGGUAUGUCAGGACCUCAUUUGGCAAUUUUGUUAUGCUUUUUAGCAGGAAUUGUAGAACUUAUUAUGGCACUGCUGAGAUUGGGUGCCUUAGUUGAUCUCAUUUCCUUGCCAGUCACAAUUGGAUUCACGUCAGCCACAGCUCUUAUUAUUGGUGCUUCUCAGUUAAAGGGACUUUUAGGAUUGCCGGGUUCGCCAAGCAGUUCAAGCUUCCUACCAACUAUGAAAUUUAUAAUUACAAAGUUCACAGACCUGAGUCCUUCAGAUGCAUUAUUGGGAAUAGGCUCAAUAGUCAUACUACUUGUGUUAAGGAAACUCAAAGACAUCAAAACACCUGAGGAUGCAACAAAGAAACGAAAAAUUUUCGGUGGUCUUUUAUGGCUCAUAUCAACAUCCAGAAAUGCAUUACUCGUUCUAAUCUCGAGUAUGUUUGCGUAUCACGCACAAAAUAGUGGACAUACACCAUUCAUUUUAACUGGAAAAGUUAAAGCUGGUCUGCCAUCUUUCAGUCUACCUCCAUUUGAAACAGAUAUUUCUGGACAGAAUGGAACAACAAUACAUUGGGAUACGAUGGAUAUGAUAACUGAAUUAGGAUCAUCAAUUGCUCUAGUUCCGAUAAUUGCAGUCUUGGGAAAUGUUGCAAUCAGUAAAGCUUUCGGAGGUGCUGGAAUUGAUGCUACAAAGGAGUUAAUAGCAUUAUCUUUGAGUAACAUUUUAGGAUCAUUCGUAGGAUCUAUGCCAGUCACUGGGUCUUUCAGUCGAUCGGCUGUUAAUUAUGCUUCGGGAGUUAAAACUCCAUUGGGUGGCAUCUAUACAGGAAUUUUAGUAAUUUUAGCAUUGAGUGUGCUGACACCGUACUUCCAAUAUAUACCUAGAGCAGGAUUAUCAGCGGUAAUUAUUUCAGCUGUAAUUUUCAUGAUUGAGUACGAAGUAAUCAAGCCUUUAUGGCGAUGUUCAAGACGUGAAUUAUUUACAGUUGCCUUGACAUUAAUUCUAAGUCUCGCAAUUGGCGUGGAAAUUGGACUUUUGUCUGGUGUAUUUUUGGACAUAGCUUUUGUAAUGCAUCGUACUGCACGGCCAAUAUUGUCAUUUGAACAAUGUGAAUCAUUAUCAGCUAUAGAAUUUACAAUGAUGAAACCAAGACACAGUCUAUUGUGCUUCCCAGCUACAGAAUAUAUCAGAACAGCACUUAAUGAGAAUAUUGCACGUCUUGAACGAAGUCCAACGUUUGUCGUAAUUGAUUUCAGAAAUAUACACGAAUUAGAUUAUACCGCAGCAAAAGGAAUUAUUGGAUUAAAGAAGGAACUUGCAUUGAGAAAAAUUACAUUAAUUCUUCUCGGAUGUGAUGAGAAAGUAAAGCUAAUGUUAAAGACGUCAUCCAAAGCUAAUGAUGUGUGGCAAGUCAAGGACGAAAAUGAACUUGAUAUUUUAUUACAAGACGUUAAAGGAAAUCCAAAAGAAGAGUUAAAGCACGUAAUUGCACCUUUACUUGCACAAGAAGAUAAUGAAGAUGAUAUUACUGUAAUCAGAAAGGAAUCUCAGUGACGCGAGUAGUAUUAAAUAUUAAUUAUUAUUGUUUUACGAUUUUUUACAAGCCCUUUUUGUAUGAAUCUCUAUGACUACACGUCUCCUUUUGUUAAUGUCUAUAAAUGUACAAUAAGUAUGAUGAUAAUAAAAAGACAGAAAUAUCUGCAUAUAAUAACAA